UAACUCCAUGGUUUCUAUUUACAAUUUAUUUACGUUUGUUCUUUUUACAAAAACGACAAGUGUUACUGUUAUUCCUUACUCAAUACUAGCUAUAUAUAAUGGUCCCAUGCUUAAAUGGUAUUUAAUAAUUAGAAAUGGAAGUGGUAAACUAUACGUUGAUAUUAUGUCUACAAAUCAUACUACUCGUAUACGAUAUAUUUGUAAACGCAUUUAUUGACUUGUUGAACCCAGAAAAUGUUAUCCAGUUAGUUCUUUUCAUUCUACAAGACAUUUGCUUGGUCUUCCAACUGGUUGUUUUAUGUCUUGAGAUCUUUAACACCGCUACCUCACAAGCUGGCUUCAUCUCAGUCAUGAUGAAAAAGUUUGCUCCAUGUUUGCUAACUACAUUACUGUACCUUGUCCUAAGCAUUGCUCUCUGCGCCAAAACCUUAAUGUUGAGGUGGAAUGACACUACAGUAAAUGUUUAUGCUGAUGGCGGAUUUUUCGCUGUGUACAUUUUACAACGAUUGUGGUCACCGAUCUAUUAUUAUACAUACAAAAGAACUGCAAUGCGAUUGGCUGAUUCAAAUUUUUAUAAGAACACUGAUUGGUUGAGAAGACAGAUGACAUUACGUUGAUAAUUAUGCGAUUUUGAUUAUUUUAUACCAUUUUAUUAUGAUUUUAGCUUUUUAUACAAAUUCUAUUUCUGUAAGACUCAUAGUGUAGUAAAUACACAUCUAACUAUCAAGUUGCAAUGGUCUAUGCUAUUAUUUUAACAUGCAUGUUAUUUAUACCACAGUAAUAUUGAAUUAUGACCAACCAGGCCUACAUGCUCUAUUUAAACUUGUGGUGCUAACUUACUUGUAAUAACAUUGUUUUCACUUCUAUUGCAUAAACAAAGUGUAUAGGCUGCAGUAGUCGUACCCAUACUGAAACGUUUCUAUUCUAUAUGGCUGAAUUUCUAUAAUGACACAAGUCAGCGGACCUGAACUUUAGGCAACAGAUAGUACCGAAACAAACAGUUACAUUAUAAAUGUGCCAGAUAUACAACUGUCCCCAUACUCCUUCAUGUUCAGUGUAACCAAGAAUGCCUUUUUUAUACUUACUAAAUUAGUCCUAGCACAUUUGUCUUUUUAUAAUAAAUAACAAGUUUUAAUAAACA